AAACUUAAGCUGGGGACGGACGCUCAGCCUCUCACCACGACGAUGGACAAGUUGAAGGAGACACUUCUAAUGCUGGAGGAAAAGGAGAAUGUUCUUAAACGGAAGGCUUCUCAAGAGCUUGAGGAAGCGAAGAGGGCCACUGGAGUGAAUGAUAAAAAGGCUGCAAUUCAAUGCUUGAAGAAGAAGAAGCUGUGUGAAGAGCAAAUUGAGCAGCUUAGAAAUUUUCAACUUAAGAUGUAUGAUCAGAUGUUAGUGUUGGAUGGAGGAGAAGCAGCAACUUUGACCAUGGAUGCUUUGAGAACUGGAGCAGCAGCAAUGAAAGCAAUGAAUAUUGCUGAUGUGGACAAUAUCAUGGAUGAGAUUUCUGAACAACAUGAGACCAUGAAACAAAUGCAAGAGGCGGUGUCAUAUCCUUCUGGUGCAGCGGCUUUCUUUGAUGAGGAUGAGCUUGAGGCAGAGCUUGGAGAACUGGAAGGCACUGACUUGGGAGAACAGCUCGUUCCGCCUGCCGAAACAUCUUCUGCUGCUCUAUUUCCUGUCCCAGUUGUCCUGCUUCCAGCCCCCCACAUUCUUCAUGGGACAGCCAUAGUGGAAGAACCGGAGGGCGCAGAGUUGGAAGAACAGCUCCACCUGCUUGCCACAACAGCUUCUGCUGCUCUGGUGCAAGUCAUAGCUGGCCUGCUUCCAGUCCCCCUGUUCCUCAGGCGACAGCCUAGGAGGAUGAACUUGCCGAUGAGAUGGAAUUUUGAGCAGGUCUUACUGCUCAUGCUUAACUGA